AGAGGGAUGAGGACUCGCUUGGGCUGCCUAUCUCACAAAUCAGACUCAUGCAGUGAUUUCACAGCUAUUCUUCCUGACAAGCCCAACAGGGCUUUGAAAAGACUAUCAACAGAGGAAGCUACAAGAUGGUCAGAUUCCUUUGAUAUACUUCUGUCGCAUAAAUAUGGGGUGGCUGCAUUCCGCGCGUUCCUAAAGACAGAGUUCAGUGAGGAGAACCUGGAGUUCUGGCUGGCCUGUGAAGAGUUUAAAAAGACCCGAUCAGCAACCAAACUGGCAUCAAAGGCUCACAGGAUCUUUGAAGAAUUCAUUGAUGUGCAAGCCCCUCGAGAGGUGAACAUAGACUUCCAGACACGGGAGGUGACAAGAAGAAAUGUGCAGGAGCCCUCUCCUUCUUGCUUUGAUGAGGCCCAGGGGAAAGUGCACAGCCUCAUGGAGAAAGACUCUUACCCCAGGUUCCUGAGAUCCAAAAUGUACACAGAUCUGCUGACUCAAACCCAGAGGAGGCUCAGUUAGAGCAGAUUGGGGCCAGAAGAAACCAUGAGCUUCCCACAGCAGCCAAAACCAUUUCCAAAUGUGAAACUCCAUUGUUGUUAAAAAAAUAAGCAGUGGUACGGGAGCAGAAGGAGGGAGAGGGGGAGGGGGAGUGGAAGGGGAGCCCACUCCAGAACGUGACCCAAACACAGUGCUAGGACUCUCUGAGUUUGUGUAUGUGCUUUGGUUCUUGGUAGCAUCCUGAAGUCGUUGCCUUUCUCUGCAACAGAAAUGUAUCCUCUGUGGUGCAAAGGGCCAUCUGCCUAGAAGAUGGAUGGGCCUCCUAAAACUCACUCCACAGGCUAUUCUGUAAAUAAUGCUGAUAUACCCCUCCAUCCUUCUAGAGCUCUCCUGGCUCAAACCUCUUCCAUACAUUUGGAGAUGAUGCUAAGGGUAGUCAUGAAACCAGUGUCGCUGAGCACAAUCUAGAGCACUGCUUUACUCACACGGGUGGCUAGGACUCUGAUCUGAAGAUUGGGGUGGGAGGAACUAAGGCCACAGGACCUGAGCUUCCUCCUGGCUUAGAUGGAAGAGAUCAACUGAGUCAGCUCUUUCUUCCAGGUGACACAUACAUUGUGAGGUCAGUAGUGACCAUCUUGCAGCCCCUUCCUACCUAUCUGACAGCACCCCUGACUAUAAAGUCCUUCUCUGUGGGGGAAAGAAGCUGAAUGGUACUUUUAUUAAUUUGUCAAGGAACUUCAGUUUCCUCACCACAUGGCCAAACCAAAGGCCCUGGCUAGAAUGGCUUUGUUAUUUCUUCUGGUGCAAAUUAUUAUUUAUUACAGAUAUUUAUUUACACUGAAGUUAAGCCUAUGGGCUUUGCCCCUAAGUGGCCCCAUUCUGUGUGACAAUGUACCAAAACAAAACCAAAAAAAGAUGCUCCUGCUACCUAAAAAACUUUGCAGGAUUAGUGGACUCUUCUUGUGAGGCAACUGUCAGGUACCAAGACAAAUCCAAGACAAGAGAUGUUCCUCCCCACUAAUUGCUAACAAGUGCGGGGAACAAAAGGCACAUCUGUUAUGGCAGAACACACUUUUCAUAUAUUGCCUGAUUGGGGGCAUGAUGGAGAGAGAUGGAGAAACAUGGAAAUCAUGGUUAUACUAUUAAUAUUUAUUGGUUACCAACUGUUAUUAUCAUUUAAUGAUUGCCAGUUGAAUGCUCAGUAUUCAGGCAAAUAUAGAGACAUGGGCCCUACCUGAGGAAUUUGUUCCAAAAUAACUAGUGCCCUGGAAACAUAGUGCAUAGAGUUAAGCCUUGAAGCAGUACUUGCUGUAUUUGCAACAUUUUUAUUACAUAGUUUAGGAGGAAAUUGUGAACAGACAUCAGUUGUGUCACAGGACAACCAUGGUGUAAAAUAAUACAGUUAGAGUAGAAUCUAAAAUCUGUAGUUAGAGUGAUCCCUGGGUUUUCUAUCCUCCAAGUUUGGGUUAAAACACUGAUGUAUUACGGAGUAGGCAGGAAGAACUGGACUCCAAGCUAAGCGCAGCAAAGUUAAAAAAAAAAAAAUGCUUUGUAGAUAUCAAAGAGAUGUGCGUGUCCAUACAUUAUAGAAUCAUAAAAUCAAUGGACCGGAAGGGACCUGUAAGAUCAUCAAGUCCAGUCCUCUGCCAUGUUCAGGAGGUUAUUAACAGGCUCAAAUGAGUUCAACGAGGUGCUUGUCCAGCCUCCUCUUGAACACCUCCAAGGAUGGUGACUGUACCACCUCUGCUGGGAGUGUGCUCCAGAUUUUAGAUACCCUUACAGAAAAGAAGAGUUUCCUAAUGUCCAACCUAAUUUUUUCCUCAAUUAGUUUGUGCCGGUUGGUCCUCGUCCUCCCUGGGGGUGCCUUUCUGAAGAGUUGCUCCCCUAGAUUUGGUGUACACCCUUGCAAUACUUGUAAGCGGCUGUAAAGUCACCUAUACCUAUAUUAUGCAGGACAUAGUUCUCAAGCGCUGUUUUAAGGUGAUGCUGUGCAGAAUAAGCUGGGGAAUUAAUAAUGUCUGUAGAUUAGUCACUGUGAGCAUUCUCAUGGGAGGAGUCAGGGCUGUCCCUGGGGGGGUGCGAAUCUGGGUGACUGCCCUGGGCCCCGUGCUUUGGUGGGGCCCUGUGGUCAGUGCUGCGUAGACCCUGCUGCUGCUGCCACAUGCUGCAGCUGUCGGCUCUGCCACUGCUGCCAAGCACUGCUGGCUC